UCGCCUUUGCGUUUUUGUCUCCCUCACCCUCUCUCAAAUCUCUCAAUCCCUCUCUCGAAAACAAAACAAAAAACUACAAUAACAAAACAAACUCUGCAAGUGAUCAACCCGAUCGAAUGAUUUACUAUUAUUUACUUAAUUAGAUGAUCCCUUGAGACUUCAUCUUUAAAUUCCAAAUCCGCAUCAAUGCAGAGACACGUUGGUCUGGAGUCGCAAAAUAGCAAACUCUUGAAGUGGACUUAAAAAAAAAACGCUAACUAAUAGACCUAGUGACGACCUAAAGAAAACAUGUCUUCUUACAAUAACAGCUUCGUGCAAUUCAUGCUUGAAAAUCCGCCGACAGGAGUCGAUCCUCUAGCGUGCGAGGAAAAUGUUGAACCUGAAAGUCCUGAAAUGCCUAACCUUGUCGUGCAUGAAACACAGCCUGAAGACAUGGAUACGCAGGAGGUGGAUGAGCAGACCCAGGACAAACCACCAGAAAAUCUAAAACAAAAGUUUAAGUGCGGAAGCUGUUCGAAAGAAUUUGUUAGCAAAAUGCAGUGUAAAGUACACGAAAAGCUACACCUUCAAAACUUGGGGUUGAUAAACAAGUCAAAGCUGCAGGAAUUGACCUCUAAAAAAUUCAUAGUGACCAGCGCACCCUCUUCGAGCUCAGACUCUUUGCUGUGCCACAAGUGCAAUGUCUAUUUCCGGACGUCGACGGACAAGCAGGAUCAUAUUUGCCAACCUGUCGGAGAUGAGGAAAAGGAGGAUGAUAAACUUGAUGCCAAGAGGUGUUUGGGCUGCGGAAAAGGGUUCUUUGGCAGAAAGAAAUCUCAAAAGUGUUUUAAGUGUUGGAGAGCUGACCGAGUAAAGAAGAGGCGGGCGCAAGAAGCUGGGAUCGCCACUUUCGAGGAAAUCAGGGAGAUAAACGGUCAGAAGGUCAAAGUGAUCAGGGUCAAAGACCUGGCGCAGUUGUCUGAUAUUGAGGAAGGUGAGAAGAGAGAACUGCAGAAAAAGAAAAAUUUCAAGAAAAAGACCAAGAAGACGCGCAAACAGAAGAAAAGGCAAAUAAUAGUCUCAUCCGACGAGGAAAUUGUCCCGAACCAAGAAACUCCUGACCAAGACGAAGAAAAAGUUGCUACAGCGCCAAAAGUCACUUUCAGAUGUGUAUAUUGUCCAGCAGUCUUCUACUUCCCUAACAUUCUGCAGCAGCACAGUGUGACGGAACACAAUAGGUUCCACUUUUGCAAAUUUUGUUUGCUUACCUUCAAGAACAAAGAUCAGGAAAACAUCCACAACAUCGAAUGUGGCAAAACCAAAAUUUCCGCCCAUCAGAGAGACUUUCUGAAGUUUUCAUUUGACUUGGCAUCCUUGACCUGUACCUUGUGCAACCUGACCUUUGCUUUAGACGCCGAGCUUCUAUACCAUGCAAUUAAUGCUCAUAAAAUGAAUCACCGAGAUGAGGAGAAGGAAACAAAGGUGGCAGAAAAGCCAAAACCAGUUGACAAGGAAACCAAGGGCGCUCAAGAGCUUGUUCCAAAAUCCAUGGAUUUCAAGUGCUGUGGAAUUACGUUUUCCUCGAGAGAAUGGCUGAUUGACCAUAAGAAGAAAAUCCACAGGGCCGUCAGCGAGCUGAAUUUGAUUAAUACCGAGAUUGUAAUCCGCACGGAAAAAUGUGAGGUGCUCUCGAAAGUUAUCAAUAAUUUGAGCAUCGUACCACUCAACUGCAGAUUGUGUCCUAUGAUAACUUACACUGUGAAUGCGCACCGUCUUCAUGAGAAAAGCCACCAAGUUCUUAUGUCUAAGAAAAACAAAAAGUAAUGUGUCUAGCUUGUGAUGUGAACUCUUAAAAAAUAGUUUUUCUUUGGAAUUGAAAUUGCCAAUAAAAUAAUAAGGUUUUCGUA